GCAGUUAAGGGUUACACGAAGGAGGCUAGUGAAGUUAUGCGAGAAUUGCAGAACCAAAGUCCAAGCCCGUCCCCUCGCCCGGAGCAGCUGAUCAUUCAUUCUGUGGCUGUGAUGCAGUCCCUGGCAGCCGCUCUAACUGUACUGCGGAGAGUCGUCCAACUAGUAACAUGGCCAAGCGCAGAACUUUCCCUUUCAUCCUCCUCGCUCUGAGCCUGGCGGUUACAUCCUCUGCACGGCGAAAACUUCUGGUUUUUCUGCUGGAUGGUUUGAGAUUUGAUUACAUCAGCGAUAAAGAACUUGCUGCACUCCCUGGCUUCAAGCAGAUUGCGGAUAAUGGAGUAAAAGUAGAUUACAUGACCCCGGAUUUUCCAAGCCUUUCUUAUCCAAACUAUUAUAGUCUAAUGACUGGGCGCCAUUGUGAAGUGCAUCAUAUGACUGGAAAUUAUAUGUGGGAUCAGACAUCUAACACCUCCUUUAACAUUGGAACCAACGAAGAUAGCCGGUUGCCAAUGUGGUGGGAUGGAUCGGAACCUCUUUGGAUCUCCAUGGAAAAGGCAAGAAGAAAGGUUUCUAUGUUCUAUUGGCCAGGUUGUGAGGUGGAAAUUCUUGGCAUCAGGCCAAAUUACUGCCGCGAAUAUUACGAUAACCCCUCAGAUGCUAACUUUACUAAAGCAGUUCAGGAUGCUCUUGAGUCUUUAAGGAAUGGUGACUCUGAUAUGGCAGCUGUCUACUAUGAACGAAUUGAUGUAGAAGGCCAUCAUCAUGGACCAUGGUCUAAGGAGAGAAAAAAUGCCACCAAAGCUGUAGACCAAGUGCUAAGGGGCUUAAAGCAACAAAUUACGGAAAUGGACCUUCAGAAUGACUUAAAUGUAAUCCUUUUCUCUGAUCAUGGAAUGACGGAUCUUUACUGGAUGGACAAAGUAAUAGAGCUUAAAACAUAUAUUGAUAUGAAUGACAUCACACAGAUGAAGGACAGGGGUGCUGUGGUCAGCUUGUGGCCUGCUGAAGGCAAGCAUUCAAAAGUAUACAACCAGCUGAAAUCUAUGGAACACGCAGAUGUUUAUGAGAAAGAAGGCAUCCCAGACAGAUUCUACUACAAAAAGGGGAAAUUUGUGUCACCUUUAACUAUAAUUGCUGAACAGGGAUGGUUCUUAACCGAGAGUAUUGAAAAACUACCAUACUGGAAUAAUGGUAGUAAUCAGGCCUGGCAACAUGGAUGGCAUGGAUAUGACAAUGAACUCAUGGACAUGAGGGGAUUCUUUCUAGCUUUUGGUCCAGAUUUUAAAGUGAACUUUCGAUCUGCUCCAAUCCGGUCGGUAGAUGUCUACAACGUAAUGUGUAAAAUCUUAGGAAUGGAACCACUACCCAACAAUGGCUCCUGGUCCAGAGUAGAAUGUAUGCUCAACAGUCAAGCCAACAUGAUACCAUCUAUACGGCCAGACAGCUGCAUAUUAAUAACUCUUCUCUUCUCAUUCCUUGUCCUAUGGACCUAGUCACAAAUUACUCUACCAACUAUGCACACGUACAAUUUUUAACCAUUUUCUGCUUUCCUAUGAAAUAUAUUUUUUAGUAUUUUUUAAAUAGCAUAUAUAUUUAUCUACUAUUUGU